AUGGCCGAAGAAGUACAAAACGCCCAAGUCGUCAUCCCCCGCUCCAUAAUCUACGGCACUCUCAUCAACGGCACUCUCGCAUUCUCCUACCUAAUCGCCGUCCUCUACUGCAUGGGCGACUGCACCGAAGCGGUCACCAGCCCAACAGGCUACCCCAUCAUCACAAUCGCCUACCAAGCAACCGGCUCCAAAACAGCGACUUUCGUCCUCAUGGCAAUGGGAAUGCUACCAGGCUGGAUUGCCCUCUUCAACGGCCUCGCUUCCGUAACCCGUCGCACCUGGGCCUUCGCUCGAGACAACGGCCUCCCCUUCAGCGACUUCGUCGCACUCGUCGACCCAACCUACAAGAUCCUCCUCCGAGCUCUACUCCUCGUGUUAUCAUUCAUAUUCAUGCUGUUGUUCAUCCAGAUUGGGCCCACGGCUGCGUUCAAUGCGAUUCUUUCGCUCAGCACGCUCGGUCUGUACAUUUCUUAUCUUAUUCCUCUCGUCCUCCUUGUCGUCAAGCGUGUAACGGCGCCCCAGGAUAUCCCGCGGGGAAGCUUUAGUCUAGGGAAACUUGGGCUCCCUGUGAAUCUUCUGGCUAUUCUUUUCACUACUUAUUUUGUUGUUCUCCUUCCGUUCCCCGCGAAGGUGCCGGUUACUGCGGAGAAUAUGAAUUAUGCUGGGCCUGUGCUUGGGUUUGUCAUGCUUUUUGGUUGUGGGGAUUGGAUUGCUCGAGGACGGUAUAAGUGGGAAGGCCCGACGAUGAGGGCUGACAUAAGUGCUAGGAAUGGGUGA